CGUGUCUCGGUCUCCCUAUUCGAACAUCGCAAGGAUACGGCUCGCCCACCUAUAUAAACGAGACAUCCGGGCGGGGACAGGGGGCGGUUUGUCUGACCUUUGAUCUGUCCAUUUCGCUGCUCCUCAGCAGGGAGUCAGGUCCAGCUAUGACUCGCAUCACAUUCCCUAUCUUCCUGUCCUUCCCUCUCCUCUUCUCGGUCUUCCUGUCUAGCACCCUCGUUUCCUCUGUUCCCCUGGAGGAUAGAGAUGCAUCAUAUACCAUCGACCUCAACCCGUACCCCAACAAACCCAAGCUUACAUUCAAUUCUCAAGGACAGUUCAAGAUCACCGUGUUCUCAGACCAACAUUACGGAGAGAACGCAUGGGACGUUUGGGGACCGGAGCAGGACGCGAAUAGUACGGAGUUGACGGAGACGGUGUUGCCGAGUGAGAAGCCGGAUUAUGUUGUAAUCAACGGUGACUUGAUUACUGGCGAGAACACCUUCAAGGAAAACUCGACAGACUACGUCAACAUCCUUCUCGCACCAAUCAUCCAAGCCCAGAUCCCCUUCUCCACCACCCAAGGCAACCACGACAAUCAGGUCAACAUCACCCACCUCGCAGAGAUCAAACGCGAGCUCUCCAUCGCUCCUCUCUCCUACACCCGCGUCGCUCCCAACGGUGUCGGUGGUGACCCCGAAAUGGGCCCAGGGACGUAUUGGGUCCCGGUCUACAACACCACCAAUGACACCGAACCCGCUCUGGUACUCUGGUUCUUCGACUCCCGCGGCGGUUUCGGACCCGGCCCCUCCGCUGACUCGAACCCGAACCCGGACUGGGUCGAUGCGACGGUGGCGACUUGGAUCAAUAAGACGAAGGAGGCGAUGGAUGAGACGUGGGGUGAGGCAGGUACGGUUGGGAGGGGCAGUUUGGCGUUUGUGCAUAUCCCGCCGCAUGCGAUACAGGCGGUGCAGGAGAGCUUGAAUACGACGGAUGGGUUGAAUGCGGACACACUCGGCUCUGGCUCCACCGAAGCAACCACAGACGACGCCAAUAUCGGAAAGGACGACCCGUUCUACACGGCCGUGACCGCGAUCCCGAACCUCCACGCCCUGAUUUCAGGCCACGAUCACGGAAACGAAUGGUGCGCCCGAGAACCCACGCGGAACACCGUCUUCUGCUUCGACAAACACGCGGGCUACGGUGGCUACUCCUCCGACGGCUGGGGCUACGGCAUCCGUAACGUCCUGUUCACAUCUGGCUCCGUCCAUGAACCGCCACAAUCGUGGAUACGGAUGCAGAAUGGAACGAUCAUUGCUCCUGUCACGCUGGGAAGUGGAUUCUCGGGUUAGUAUCGGUUUUCAGCUAUGAGCCCCUCUUCCUUUUUAAUAUAUGUGUAAUUAUCGGUAGUGAUAGUAGUGCGGGACUGACUAGUGGUGCGGGGAUGAGAGCGAGAGUGCGAGAGGGAGUAGGAUGGGCUUGGAGAGUUGGGAGAUUUGGAGCUGGAGGGGGCGGUGGCGAUGGGCUAAGUAUGAGGGGCUGGGGUGUGGUUGGAUUGGCAUGGAGUGUCUUGGUUUGUUUGAGGUGAUGUGUUGAGUUUAUUCAGUGGUACGGUCGAGUGUCGCUCUUGAUUCGAAGUCGUUGAUCUUUUUCGUGGAUGUUAGCAAGGUAGGGGGAGAGUUCAUAUGCAAGCAUGGCCCGGUGGUGUAACGGAUGUGCACGCCUGUUUAUCAUGUGGACUGCUACUCCGUACUCUUACAUCGUUGACAGGAAGUCCCAGUUCGAUUCUGGGUCGGGCCGCUUAUCCGUCAUCGAUAGACCUUUUGCAUGGAAUAUCGCUUUCCUUUGUUGAUCUUGCCUGCUUUGUUACGGUGCGUGCCCAGCUGACGAGUUGGAUCUGUUUCUCCUUCUCUUACGGGCUACCGCACCCCACUGCGCUUACUCCCCUUCGAUUCAAGUGGAUUAACGACUCAUUGGUGUAAUGGUCGGCACGUCCGUACUACAUUGGGCACCGAUGGUAAUAUUUGCAUUGCUCACAUAUGGGAGAUCCUAGUUCGACUCUGGGACGAGUCCUUUCUAGCAAAGUCAAUACUUUCCCAAUAUUUUUAUACUGUUGUGUCGGUGUUUCACAGUACUCAGUA